AUGGCAGAUUUGCCCGCAGUCCUCGGGAAGCCUUUCCAAGCUGGGCUAGAAAGGUACUGCCGAGUUGAACCGCCGCUGCGCAAGGAGGAGCUGAAGGAGCUGAAGGCGCUGCUGGAGUCCAAGGGGACCUUGGACAUCGGCAAAGCCAAGUGCUUGGGCAAGGACAAGAAGCCCACAGGUCCGUUCAGCGCGUCUGCAGCGAACGCCAGGGGAGACCACACCGGCUCCAGCAUGUUUGGCAGCUGGCUGCGUGACAAUUGCAUCAUUGCCUGGGGCCUCUUCUACACGGAUCCUGAGGGAGCUGGCGCCAAUGAUGCGGUUGCCUGCUUGAACUCCAUCGCCAAGUUCCUUUUGACGUACCAAAGCCACAAGAUGGAGCUAGUCAUCAAUGGGCUCAAGGACGUCAAGGGAGAUGAAAAGACCUGGAUGGAUCGCCCCCACAUCCGUUUCAUCGGGGAGACUGGGCUGGAGGAUCCCAAGUGGUACAACCACAAGCAGAACGAUGCCCUGGGAUACUUCAUGUGGGCCCGAACGCAGCUGGCCUGGCACAAGAAGCUGCCAUUCAACGGCGAGCACUUGAAGCUCAUGGGCCAGCUCUUCGAUUACUUGCGGGCCAUCGAGUGCUGGAAGGACCUUGACGGAGGCCACUGGGAGGAGCACUCCGCCAUCCACGCCUCCUCCAUUGGGCCGCCCUUGGCAGCGGUGAAGCUCUUUAAGAAGGUGGCCGCGAGAGAUGGGUUCAUUGCGCCCUGCAAGUCCGACACGCUGGAUGUGCUUGAGACGAACAUGCAGGCCGCCCUAUCCAAGAUUCUGCCGGGCGAGAUUACCUUCCCGGCAGAACUUGCCAGGGAUGCCGACUCCGCCACUGUCUUCCUGGCCUACCCACUGGAGGUGGUGGACGACGCCAUGGGGCUGCAACUCAUGGACCGCCUUCGAAAGGUGAUGGGCCACAUCGGCAUGUGUCGGUACAGGAAGGACAGCUACUGGUGCAAGGACUACAAAGACAAGGUUGGAGAAGAUCCUACCAAGCACUUCACCGAUGAAGAGCUGAAGGAGCGAGACAGGCUCUUGCAGGAUGGUGAGGAGGCCCAGUGGUGCCUGUUUGACCCGAUGGUCAGCGCUUUCUAUGGCAGGAUGUACCAGAAAACUCAGGACCAGAAGUACUUGAAGCUUCAGCAGCUUUUCCUUGCGAGGUCCCUGGCAGCGGUGACUGGCGACCAGUGCCCCUACGGCCCUUGGCACUGCGCCGAGGCCUACUACCUCGAGAAGGGCCAAUGGGUGCCCAAUGAUGACACGCCACUGGUGUGGACGCAGGUAGAUCUCAAGAUGGCUCUCUAUGAGAUGGAGCGCAGCCUUCAGAUCCUGAAUUAG